UACAGCUUUAAAAGGCUGGGUGAGUCCCUCCUGAUCAAAUACACAUUUAUAAACUCCCUCUCAACAAACUUCCUCUCUCAGUCUGAGCAAGCACAUGGAAAUGGAAGACCAAAUGGAAAGCCAGAAGAGAAGAGGGAUGAGCAAAGAAGAUUUGAUAUCUGAACGAACAGGAUCUUUGGGGUGCAUUGGUUGGCUCAUAGUCAUACUGUCGGGCGUCUUCACAAUCUGCCUCUUUCCCAUCACCAUCUGGUUUUGUCUGAAGAUUGUUCAGGAGUAUGAGCGUGCUGUUAUCUUCAGACUGGGCCGCAUUACAGACAGGAAGGCUAAAGGACCAGGAAUUUUCUUUAUUUUGCCAUGCACCGAUUCCUUUGUGAAAGUUGACCUGCGAACAGUUUCAUUUGACAUCCCACCACAAGAGAUCCUGACCAAGGACUCAGUCACAGUUUGUGUGGAUGGUGUGGUGUACUUCCGGGUCUUUGAUCCCAUCGCCUCUGUUGCCAAUGUGACUAAUGCCGACUUCUCCACCCGUCUGCUGGCUCAAACCACCCUCAGAAAUGUCCUGGGGACUAAGAACCUGGCUGAGCUCUUGUCUGACCGUGAGGGCAUCGCUCACAGCAUGCAGUCCAACCUGGAUGAAGCCACAGACAACUGGGGAAUCAAGGUGGAGCGUGUGGAGAUUAAAGAUGUGAAGUUGCCACAUCAGCUGCAGAGAGCCAUGGCUGCUGAGGCAGAGGCUGCACGAGAGGCCAGAGCCAAGGUGAUUGCAGCAGAGGGUGAGAUGAACGCAUCUCGCGCCCUGAAGGAGGCCUCCCUCGUGAUUGCAGAGUCUCCGUCAGCCUUGCAGCUUCGCUACCUGCAGACUCUCAACACCAUUGCAGCAGAGAAGAACUCCACCAUCAUCUUCCCCCUGCCCAUGGAUGUCUUAAGUCACUUCAUGCGGAAGUGAUACCUCCGUUUGUUCAUCUUGUAAAGUCACUGAAAAAAACCCAACAUGAAUUGAAUGGGAUCAGGGAACAUUUCUAUGGCUCCUCGUAAAACAAACAUUCAGGAUGCUAUUGUUGUAUGGUUGACAUUUUUUAGAUGGAUCAUGGAAACGCCUGCAUGGUUUAUAUAGUGAAGCUGUGAUCCGGUCAGUGCCUACUAACCAAUGUGAUUUUCUUUGACAAAAUUUUCUUUGAAACUGGUAUCAUAUGUUGUUAAAAUUAUAUAAUGGAUAGUGUGUCUUUCAUGAUAUUAUAUGAUGUAAUGUUGAUCAUUUGCAUAUUUUGAUACUGAAUUAAAUGUCAAAUGUUUAAAA